AUGGACAUUUUAUCGGAAGAUAACAUGGACAUUUCAUCGGAAGGCGACCAUACUUUGCCGCCCGAUAAGAUGGGUCGAAAACGUACGUCAUCUCAAAAGGAAGAUGAAACGAUCCCUGGUUCGUCGUCUCAAGAUGAUGAGUACGACCCGUUCCAGCAUCGCCAGAUUGAGAAACCUAAUUCAUCCAUCGGAACACUGAUCCACAUGAUCAAGGCAUCGCUAGGUACGGGCAUAAUGGCCAUGCCGUUGGCAUUCAAAAAUGGAGGGCUUAUUUUUGGGACUUUUGGAGCGAUAGUUAUAUGCAUUAUCUACGCACAUUGUGUUCAUCUGCUGGUCGGUACAUCUCAAAAAGCUUGCAAAAACUGUCAGGUUCCUUUGCUAGGAUUCUCCGAAACAGUGCACAUGGUUCUCAGUAAUGGGCCAACCAAACUGAAACCGUUUACUAAUUUCACUACUGGAUUCGUGGAUGUGAUGAUCCUCUUCCAAAGCUUUCUAUCGAGUUGUCUGUUUCUAGUAUUUAUCGCAAAAUCAUUCCAUGACGUCUUCUACAAUCAGCUGGGCAUUGAUUGGGACACUCGGAUUUACAUUCUCAUUAUAUUAGUACCAGCCGUGAUCAUAACCCAAAUCCGUGAAUUGAAAUAUCUGGUGCCAUUUUCGCUGAUCUCCAACGCCUUCCUCGUCAGCUCGGUAUGCAUAACGCUGUAUUUCAUCUUCAGUGAACCAAUCUCGCUAACUAACAGGAAUUUAUGGCCUCAAUGGAGCACCUUACCAUCAUUUGUAAGCGCAGUGCUGUUUGCAAUACAAGGAGUAAGAUUUGUUCUACCAGUGGAAAACAAAAUGAAACAUCCUCAGUACUACCUAUCAACAUUUGGUGUUCUGAACUCAGCGAUGGCAUUUCUUAUCCCACUCUACAGCGUGACAGGAUUUUUUGGAUAUGCACAAUACGGUGAAACAACAAAGGGUUCUGUUACUCUCAACCUGCCCAGCGAGAGCGCAUUGGCAGAAUCAACCCGUUUACUGUCGGGAAUUGGCAUUUUGUUUACCCUAGGAUUUAGCUACUACGUACCGAUGGAAGUCCUAUGGCAUCACAUUCGAGAUAAGCUAUCGUUAAAGUGGCACAACUGGGGACAAGUCAUAAUUCGUUUCACGAUACUGAUCAUACUGGCAGCAGUGGCUAUUGGAGCACCGGAGAUAGAACCCUUCGUUGGGCUGGUGGGAUCGUUUGGUUCGGCAACGUUGGCUAUUUUGAUUCCUACCACACUGGACAUGAUCUUCCGGUGGCCCAACGAUUUUGGUAAAAUGAACUGGAUAUUGUGGAAAAAUGUUGUAUUGCUUGUUUUUGGCAUGUUUGUACUAGUGACAGGGACGUACUAUAGCUUGAUGGAUAUUGUAGCUAUAUAUAACUAGAAUUCUCACGUAAUAUGAGAAAAGGGU